GAUUAGGGGGUUGGGCUGCCUGCUGUUAGGAAACCUGCCGCUAGACAUCCAGUUUGUCUCCGGCGGUGCAGCCUGCUCAGCCGCAGCAUCAGCAGCAGAGCCGCAGCCUCCAGCUCCUCCUCACCUGCUCCUGUCUCCUCCGCCACAGCGCUGCCGCAGCACAAAGGGACCGCACCGGAAAAAAAGCAGGAUCACUUGAGCAGUCUUCGGGGAAAUAAGGGAAUAUAUAAGGACAGUGAAAGAUGGUGAAACUAGGGAGUAAUCUUCAAGACAAAGGAGCCAAAGCAGUGAGUGUGGAGGACGGCUUUCAGAAUGUGCCCCUCAUCACUCCACUUGAUGUUGGCAGCCUCCAGUGCCAAGCACCUGACAAGGUGGUGGUGAAAACCCGUACGGAGUACCAGACAGAGAAGAAGAGGCUGAAGGUUCCCAAGGUGGAGGAGUUCACCAUCAGCUUUACUGAUGGAGUGUCUGAGAGACUUAAGGUGACCAUUCUGAUCAUCCUGGCUCUGGCCUUCCUAGCCUGCAUCGUGUUCCUGGUGGUUUAUAAAGCCUUCACCUACGACCAUGCCUGCCCAGAUGGAUUCAUUUAUAAGCACAAGCGGUGUAUCCCAGCCUCUCUGGAGGCCUACUACGCCGCUCAGGACGCCAACUCCCGGGGCCGUUUCUACACAGUGAUCAGCCACUACAGCAUGGCCAAGCAGACCACCUCGCGCUCUGUCUCCCCCUGGCUGCCUGGCGGGGCGGGGGGGCAGCAGCACGAUGCCAAGCCGCCCAGCAGCGACGGCCACUGAGUCCCCGGGGCUGUGAUGGGCUCAUGGGUGUGGCGAGAUGUAAACAUAUACAGAUACAUGCAGAUGCAGACAUGAACAAAUACAGACACAGGCAGAUGUAGACGCACACCCACACACACACACACACACGCACACACAUAGGUGGAUAUUUUGAAAUAUAGACAAAAGAGACACAUACGUAUACACAGAAGCUACAUACGUAUGAUAUUAUAGAGUACAAACAUGCAUGGAGACAUAAAACACACAAAGACAUGCUAGGACAUAUUUUGAUUGACCUUGUCUGCCCAUCUACGUGCUCACACUCUCAAAAGGGGUAGGGGGGUCAUUAUUGUCCACACACAAACACACACACACACAUACACAAUACACCCAGUCUGCUCCCAUGUUCUCUCCCCUGUUACCAUGUUUGACUCCCUUCUUCUAUUUCCUGAUUUAUUUACUGUCAUGAUAUAUUUAUUUUUUACUGUCAUGUAUGGAUGUUUUGUAUUUGAUAUCAACUGGCAACUGUUUGUACAAAGGCACGAUCGAGUCGAUGCUGAAUUUCACGCUUUCUCUUUGUGAGAUUCUCCGGAGUGUGUAUAGUUACUGUAAAUUCAUUCACGCCCCGCUGGCCCCCUGCCCUCGCUCUCUCUCGCCUCUCCUGUCCGAGCCGCGCGUAACUAAUGUCCGUUAAACACAAACACACACACACACACACACACACACACAAAAACAUUUCUUAUCCCAGCCCAAAUUCUGUCUUUGCAAAUUAACUGCGGAACGUUCUCACACUGGAAGGGAGGCAGGAGUUUGGGUUACAGCCCCGAUUGGAACUGCUGUGCGUAAGGAAGGUUUGCCUAAAACAUCCACACCAACAAGACAUUUUGAGUUGACUGAAUGAAGUAUUUGAUCAUGGCUGUUUGAUAGCUCAUGUACAAUCACAAUUUUCAAUGUUCUGUGCUAUACAUUCUGAGUCGGAAAUGCCCCAGUGACCCAAGGUGUACAUAGCUCUGUGCGUUCAGGCUAGUUUUUUGUGUGUACAUGCAUUGUAGUAGCUUUCAUUACGCGAACACUUUUUGUUUUUUUGUUUUUUUUUUUUUUUUUUUUUUUUUUUUUUUUUUUGUUAAAGAGCGACUGCUCCUUCAUGUAACUGUUCUUGCAUAUGGCUUCUGUUGGCAGUCUUGUAGCUCCAUAAUAAAUGGGUGUAAUAGCUUGUCUGAGCUGAUGAAAACCCCACAAAGCUAAGGAUGGGAAGGGAGAAAUUAUGUGUAUCACUGUCUCUUGCCAAAACUCUUAUUUUCUGCUGCGUUUCGUUACGUUUUUAGCCGAGUUUGAUUCCUGUAACUGUUUUGUUUUUUUAUUUUCAAAUUUUCGAUCUGUUGUCAAGAACGCUUUUAUGAGAUAUUGUGAUGUUGUUAGUUGAUAUGUAGCGAUACCUAGUGUAAUUUAUCAGUGUGCAUCCCUGUCCCCUUCUCUAGGUUUGAAUUCAAAAUAAAACAAGCUGUGACCUGUA